CUGUCUUGCAGUAUUAGUUUCUCUUUCUAACUAUUCAUCACCUCUUAUCAAUUCCUUUCCAUGGAUAACGCCUUCUCAUCCUACAAACUCCCACGGAAGUAUGAUGUGCUCAUCAACUUCACUGGAGAAGACAUCAACAGAAAAUUUGUUUCUCAUCUCAAUUAUGCCUUCUCUACUGUUGGUCUCACCACUUUCCUUCAUCACCCCAAUGCAGUGAAGUCAACUCACAUUCAAGAACCUGUUCUCAGCCACUGUCGUGUAGUAAUUGUUGUUUUCACCCAAACCUAUUCUCAAUCUGCUUGGUGUCUUGAUCAGCUUCAACAAAUCAUCAAAUGGCACGAAACUUAUUGCCGACAUGUUCUGCCCGUAUAUUAUGAAAUCCAGCCAUCUGAUGUACGUCUUCAGAAGGGUAACUUUGGAAAAGCCUUGAAGGCAACUGCACAACAAACAUUUUCAGGUCAAGAACUGAAGCAUGGCAUGUCUAGGUGGAGCCAAGCAAUCACCAAAGCUGCAAAUCUCUUCGGAUGGGAUGAAAGCAAUCACAGGAGUGAUGCUGAAUUAGUGGAGAAAAUUGUUAAGAGCGUUGUUAAUUUGCCAGCCUUGUCUGUUACUAAAUUUCCAGUUGGAUUACAAUCCCACUUGGAAGAUCUGUUUCGAACUAUCAAAAAUAAAUCCACGGAAUUUUGUAUGAUCGAGAUAUGUGGAGAGGAAGGAUCUGGUAAAACAACUCUUGCCAAAGCGAUCUACAAUCAAAUUCAUUGGACGUUCAAGGAGAAAAGUUUCAUUGAAAAUAUUUCACAAGUUACCGGAACAAGAGGGUAUAUUCGUUUACUAGAACAACUUCUUUUAGAUGUCCUAAAACAAAAGGUGGAGAUUCCUAGCGUUGAUGUGGGAAAUAAAAUGAUUCGGGAACGACUUUAUGGAAAAAGGCUACUCAUUGUACUUGAUAAUGUGCUUCACAGCUAUGAACUUUUAGAAGUAUGGACAUAUAAUCAUUAUAGGUUCAGCAAAGGAACUGUAAUAAUAAUUACAACAAGCGAUGAAAACCUACUGAUGGGCCAGCCGACAUAUUCUAUGUUUCGGAUAGAGCGAAUGAACGCAGAGGAGUCCCUUGAGCUUUUUAGUUGGCACGCAUUUAGAGAACCAAAACCAAAGGAAGAAUACGAAGACCUUGCAAGAAGAGUAGUUAGUUAUUGUGGAGGACUACCACUAGUUCUUGAAAUCAUUGGAAGUAGUUUAUUUGAAAGGACGGAAGAAGAAUGGCAUCGUGUACUGUUUGCGAUAGAUGGCAGGCAUCGUGUUUCAGAGAUAAUAAAAGUAAGCAUCGAAGGUUCACUCAAUGAAAUGGAAAAAUAUAUAUUCGUUGAUGUAUGUUGUUUGUUUGUCGGUAAGAGCAGAGCCUAUGUUAGGAAGAUCCUAAAGGGCUGUGGAGUAGAUGCUGAUAUUGCAAUAAGAGUUCUCAUCCAGCGUAACCUCAUCAAAAUUGACAACAACAAAAAAUUUCGAGUGCAUCCUUUGCUACAAAAUAUCGGAGGACAAAUUAUUCAUGAAAAAGUAGUAGGAGAUUUUGAGAAGAACAGGCCACCGUCAAAAUAUGAGACAGAAGCCCUGCAGUGGUUGCCUGCGAAACUGCUCGCUGCCAUCGAAAGUGUGCAGCCGACUUUAAAUUCUCAGUACCUUUUUAAGAAACUAAGAUGGAUCAGUUCGUAUGGGCUUUCUUCAGAAUGUCUGCCUAACAACUUCUAUUGGGAUGAUGCAACAGUGAUUGAUUUGAAACGAAGUCUUCUUCAAUUUCUCUGGAAAACACCCCAGGUUUUGAGAUCGCUAAAAGUCCUUAACCUCAGUCACUCCACGGAUUUAACUACAACCCCUGACUUUACCGGAUUACCAAGUCUUGAACACCUCAUUUUGAAAUAUUGUUCUAGAUUGCGCAAACUACACCAAUCUAUUGGAUCACUCAACAGUCUUAUCCUACUAAAUUUGAAAUUCUGUACAAGUCUAAACAAUCUUCCAACAGAGAUAUAUGAGUUGAAAUCUUUAAGAACCUUCAUUCUCUCUGGUUGUUCCAAGAUUCACAUAAUGGAUAAAGAUAUAGCAAAGUUGGAAUCCUUGAUAACUCUAAUUGCUGAUACACCUGUCAAACAUGUGCCUUUUUCAAUUAUGACAGGAUCUUACACACAAAUCAUUUGGCCUAUCCGGAAGUUUACCGUUCGGACCAUCCACAACCUUGCGGGAAGGUCACUCCCGUCAUCUAGAGCAACCUUGCGGGAAGGUCACUCCCGUCGUCCAGCGAUCCUGGACGUUAAACACCUUGCGGGAUGGUCACUCCCGUCGUCCAGCGAUCCUGGACGUUAA